UGCCUGCGAAACUCAGACGUUUAGUUCGCCGAAGGCUACCAGCUUAGCAAUAAGUUCUUGUGGAGAAAUUGCAAAUUUAAAAAAUUUAGCGAAUUUCGCAGCGUUUUGUUCAGUCGUGGUCAGUUUUAAACUUUUUCUUGUAAACGGAAAUGUAAGGAAAUGGAUAUAACCAUCUUCGCGUGGAUUUUCGUCAUAAUUUUCUUCCUCAUCUAUACCGCGGUGCAAGCCACACGCUGCUGCAAAGCCAUUCACCAUCAUCUGGCAUCUAAAAGAGCUGGGAAUUCAAAUACAGAUAACGAAGUUCAGAUUUCUACCGUGGAAAAUGAAAGCAGACAACUAGGCUCAACACAGAGUUCGAGGAUCAGUUCACCACUACGAAGUAUGGGUGGAGGUGAUCCAAACGACCAUUCGGACAGGCGAUUCUACUUCAGUCGAACUCACAUUCUACCUUAUAAUUUCGAUGAGCUAAAGAAAGAUGAUGGACUUCCUACGUACGAAGAAGCAACUGCAACUGACCGGAGUAAUACCAGUGGCACAGCGAAUAGUAGUCUACCGCCCACCCCACCGCCCGGCCAAGCACCACCUGCAGCAGCACCGUCGUCAGUUGCAAUUAAUGUAGAGGAUCAUAUCGCGGGCACUUCUAUUUGAAGAUUCCGAUAAUAUACGUUAAUUGUACUUCAAUAUUAAGAUAGUCCUUAAAAAAUGCUGGUAAUUUAUUGUCGUAUCUACCUUUAAGAUAUUAUCUGAAAAUAUAAAAUACCAACCCAUAUUGGGCUCAAAAUA